CACUGCCUAUAUCCUGCCUGCAUUGUGGCUAAACAUCAGCGACAAAAAAAACCAACAAAGAAAAAACCGUGACACGAGUAUGAUCUUACGACAUUGAGAUGUGACACUGAAGCCCUCCUCCUGAAACAUGGCACCUUGGGUGAAAGCUCUCCAUUGUACAUCCACUCUUCAACAAGCCUUGAAGCUUCUUGCAUUCCAGUCCAGGUUCUGCAGCAUCACGCCAAAAAAACAUGACCUUAAAACAUCUCCGAACCCAGAGAAUGAGUUUCUGCUGGAGAACUUAAAACUCAUGGGGGUGGACGUGAGUAUGGCCCGCCAGCGUCAGCCAGGGGUUCUCCGUAAAAACUUCACUAACGAGCAAGAGCUUUCCGGCUUCCUGCAAAGCAAAGGAGCCAGUGGCAAGACGGUGGCCAGUGUCAUAUCGCGUUAUCCGCGCGCCAUCACCCGUUCCCUGGAACAUUUGGAGCAACGUUGGCAGCUGUGGAGAAACAUCCUCCAGACAGAUGAGGAAAUUGUCAGCACCCUCGAUCGCUCACCGGAGUCCUUCUUUCGCUCCAGCAAUAAUGACAACAUCGAGAAGAACAUUGCCUUUCUGUCCUCGUUAGGGCUCAACAAUCAGCACCUCCACCGGCUGCUCGCCACAGCGCCGCGCACCUUCUCUAACAGUGUGGAGCUCAAUAAGCAGAGGGUGGAGUUCCUGGAGAACAUCUGUACAGAGAUGGGAGGGAAUGAUCCAGAGCAGUUUGCCAAAGAUUUCAUAUCCAGAAACAUCUACAUCCUCAUAAGAAGCACUAAGAGAGUCAAGGCAAAUAUCGAUUACCUGAAAGCAUCUUUGAAACUCAGCAAUUCAGUGCUUCUGGCCCUGCUUCAAGGUCCUGGCGCAGAUAUUGUGGAUGUCUCCAACGAGUAUCUGAAAAAUAAUUUAACCAGCCUCCAGCAGAAGAUGCUCUCUCGUGGCUGUCGGAGAGUUGAAGUAAAAAAAUUUAUUAUUUCCCGUCCAGCAGUUCUGCACACUGGGGCAGCUACACUAAGCACCAAGCUUGAUUGUCUGCUCAAAGGAGGAAUUCCACUGCAGCAGAUACUAAAGAAGCCAAAAGUGUUUGACUACAGCGUACAGAACUUAACAGCCAAAUUACAGGAGCUUCACAGAGUUGGAUAUGACUUCCAGGAGAAAGGCAUCGGCGUUCUGGACAUGAGUCAGAAACGAUUUGAAGCCAAAUUGGGAAAGUUAGUAAUGUCCCCAAAUAAGUAAAAAUAUCGCUGCUAAUAUAUUUAUUUCAUGUUUAAUUUUCAAUGGAAAAAUCUUCAAGGUAACAUAUUUUGGUUUCAGCUGGAUUCUUGGCAUUCAAUUUGUUUUAGUCGAAUAUCACAAUAAUUCAUAACAAGCACCAAGUGCAUUCUUAUAAAUGACAGCCUGAGCUGACUGAGAAAUGUAAUAAUACUUCAGAUGUUCCAAAUCGAGCAUAGGUUCUUAUGAACAGCUCACGCUGCAUUGUCGUGCAGGGACCAUAUACAAAGUGCAACCAACGGACCCCAUAAAUGCUUUAUAAAUUUUAAGUCAUAAUAUUAUAUGUCCGCCCGAUUGCAGCUGUGAUAGGCUGCAGCACCCCCCGCUACCCCAAAAGGGAUAAGCGGUAGAAAAUGGAUGGAUGGAUUAAAUACACUCUAAGGCAGAGAUAUUAAAUUAAAUUGUUUUGGGGGGCACGUUUCCAGAAAAGGAUGACUUAUCCCUUCACUAUUAGUCUUAUUUUGUAAAUUCCAGAGAACCAGCUACCUCCACAGUGGACAUUUGAUUUUGGUUUGUUUAUUAUGUCAAAAUUAUAGGAGCACUGUGCUGUUUUUAAUAAACUUUCUGCAAAAAUGUGAGUCUCACAAGUUUUUGGAACUGAACUCUCGGGCCAGCAGUUGAAUAGCCCAAAUGGUGAAAAAGAGAGGACCUAAAAUGGAACCUUGAGGAACACCACUAGUUGUACUAACUGGAGCUUGUGGAGGAAUGAGUGAUUUAGUGUCCAAUUGGUUCAACUACAAACCUUUUCUUGUGAAAAAAUAUUGGGCUGAUUUUUCAGAAAUAUUUUCAGUUUUUAAUUUUAAAUAGCUUUAUGAAUAUAAAUUCAUACCGUCCUAAAAAUCCCAUGACGCGUACUAGCUAGUCUAGUUGCCUGUAAGUGUUUUUAAAAAAUAAAUAUUUUUUGCGGAUUUUUCUGAAAUAUUUUUAGUCUGUAAGCCUUAUGACUGUCUAGUGCAGUGGUUCUUAACCUGGGUUCGAUCGAACCCUAGGGGUUCGGUGAGUCGGCCUCAGGGUAUUUACACGAUGAGUUGUAUUUACAACUCAUCGUGUAAAUACAAACUUCUCCUUAUCGGCGUAUUAAGGAUACGGCAACAGCUGACUGAUUUGCAGGUGUGUCAUUUGUUGUGAGUUUAGGCACUGUGUUGGUUUUGUUCUGUAGUAGAAUUUCUGACCUUUGACCUAUAGUUCAUGUCUGUCAAAAAUGUAUGCUCAUUUUGAUUUCUCUUCCUCUUCUGUGGGACAAAAGUGAACUUUAAGUCAUGCCAACCUGUCUAGUGAAUGUGUCUAAAAGAUUCGAGUUGCUAUGGAACAGAUAGGGAAAACAAAAUAAGACAUUGACGCACUAACAAGAGAGAUAAGAAAGGGAUAAAGCCAAACGAAGAGAGUGUUUUGGGCACCAUCUUCUUUUUCAUGGUGACGGGCGCACCCGGGGGGGAAAAUUUCUGUGUGCUAGACAACUCAACCCAACCAUUGUACCAUUUGAUUAUGAGUAAAAUAAAACUCUUGUGUUAAAUCUACUUUGGUUCUCAUUGACAACCUGGACUUUCCACUACAAAAUUGGCGUCACGAACAGGAUGGUCCAGAACUCUGCAAGUCAACAUCCGAUCCGGCUUCUCUCUCAGGCAGACAACGCUUGCACGCGCGCAUCUAAUAAAAG